UCACGAUGAUCAUUUGAUGGAUCGAUUACAACCACAUCAAGAUUUCUGAGGACAUGUCCUUUAGUGCAUGCCCGUCCCGACUCUUCACAUGGCAAGGACGGCCGUCGGCAUCCCACUGUGAAUAAUAAAAGAAGGAAACAAAAAGGAAACACGAAUCCUCUCUCCCCUCUUAUAAAUCUCAUUGCCCUCUGCGUUCCGAUCUGAAAACCCCGUCAAUGGUGCAGCUUUCCUUCCGAACUCCCUUCAAAGCUUAAAUCUUGAUCGAAGCUCGGGUGCCCCGUCGCUUCAUUCACCAGAUCCUUCUCUUUGUUCUCCAGAUCAUUGCGCAAAAAGGGGACCUUUUUGGGUUCCAAUCCCGCCAUGGCCACUUCUUGGAGAGUUUUGCGAGUCACUCUCCUUCUCUUUCUCCUGGUCCGAUGUCUUUCUGUUGCUUCCAUAACCCUAAUUGACGACGCCGACGACGAUCUUGAGGGGCUCGAAGAGCUCCUGGCGAUUGACGAAGAGGAGGAGCAGAAGGGCGGCGGCGGCGACGGUGGAGGCGCCCCUAGCAGGUCGUCGGAGGCCGAGCUCCUCCGCCGAGCCCAGAGGAUCGUUCUUGAGCUGAGCAAUGAGAAUGCCAAGAAAGUGGUCGACUCCAACGAGGCCGUUCUCCUGCUCGGCUACACCCCCUGGUGCCCCAGGAGUGCCGAGCUGAUGCCCCGGUUCGCGGAGGCCGCGACCACGCUUAGGGAGAUGGGGAGCAGUCUCGUGGUGGCGAAACUCGAUGCCGAGAGGCACGCCAAGGCUGCAUCCCUUCUCGGAAUUAAGGGCUUCCCGACGAUACUUCUGUUCGCCAACGGGACCGCGCUGUCUUAUAGGGGUGGAUUUACAAAGGAGGAGAUUGUGAUUUGGGCAAGAAAAAAGACUGGUGUACCUGUCAUAAGGCUAUCUUCUAUAAAUGAUGCUGAGGAGUUCCUGAGACAGCACCAGAUAUUUAUCGUUGGUCUCUUCGAAAAAUAUGAAGGACCUGAGCAUGUAGAGUUUGUAAAAGCAGCUACUACAGAUAAUGAAAUCCAGUUUGUGGAAACCAAUGAUAUUAACAUAGCUAAGGUUUUGUUUCCAGAAGUUGGAACUGAAAAGAAGUUCAUCGGACUUGUUAAAAGUGAACCUGAGAGAUACGAGAAAUUUGUGGAAAAUUUUGAGGAACAGAAGAUCUUGCAAUUUGUAGAUUAUAAUAAGUUUCCUUUAGUUACUGUAUUGACAGAACUAAAUUCGGCUAGAGUCUAUUCCAGCGCCAUCAAACUCCAGGUUUUUAUCUUUGCAGCUGCCAAUGAGUUCAAGGAUCUUUACCCACUUCUUCAAGAUGUUGCGAGGCCUUAUAAGACAAAUAUAAUGUUUGUGUAUGUAGACAAUGCUGAAGACAAUCUUGCAAAACCAUUUUUGACUUUAUAUGGACUUGAAGCUGAAAAGCCCAUUGUAACUGCAUUUGAUAAUAGGAUUGGUUCCAAGUACUUGUUGGAGUCAGAUCUCACGAGGAACACCCUAGAAGAAUUUUGUUCUGGGCUGCUUCAUGGUUAUUUGCCACCCUACUUCAAGUCAGAACCAAUACCAAAUGAGAAAGGGUUGAUUGAGAAAGUUGUUGGUAAGACUUUCGAUGCUUCUGUCUUGGACAGUUCAGAAAAUAUAUUUCUAGAGGUGUAUACACCCUGGUGCUUUGACUGUGAGGCCACAAGCAAGCAGAUAGAAAAAUUAGCCAAGCAUUUUAAAGGGCUGGAGAAUUUAAAAUUUGCCAGAAUAGAUGCUUCUUCAAAUGAGCAUCCAAAGCUGCAGAUAAACAACUACCCAACACUUCUAUUCUAUCCUGCUCGAGACAAGUCAAAUCCUAUUAAAGUUUCCAAGAAAUCGAGCUUGAAGGAAUUGAUAGCCUUCAUCAACAAGAAUAUUAGAUCCGACGACGGCAGAGGAAUCACAGAUAGUGAUCACAACAAGAAAGAUGAACUAUAAUACAUGCUGAUUAUCCAAAAUUUGAAGAGUGCUUUCACCAGAGGCUUUGAUUGUAAACUAAUCAGUAGGUGAUGUAUUCUUCAUCUUUUUUUUUCUCCCCGACAAUGACAAAAAUGGGAUGUGACUUAUACAGACUUGUAAACAAAUCUCCGAAGAGGCUUUUGAUGUGCGAAUGAAGUCAGUAAACAUAUCUGUUGAUCUGCA